AUGGCUAUCAAAACUCGCUUCCUAAUACUCUCCGACACACACGGAGAGAAUGUAUCCAACAUACAACACAUUGGCGCCGAUGUAGCUAUCCACUGCGGCGACCUUACCGAAGAAUCAAAAAUCGAUGAAUUCAAAACAACUCUUCAACUUCUUCGGAGCAUCGAUGCGCCGCUCAAGUUAGUUAUUGCAGGAAAUCACGACUUUACUGCUGACAUACCACUAUUUAAGAACAAAGUCGCCUCAAACCCAGACUUACAGCCAGAGGAAGUAGAAAGGUUUUAUGGGGGCUUUGGCGAAAUACGUCAGCUUUUCGAGGACGCAAAAAGCGACGGGGUGGUUUUCUUGGAAGAGGGCACACACCGCUUCGAGUUGGGAAAUGGGGCAAAGUUAACAGUCUACGCCAGCCCCUAUACACCGUCACUAAGUGACUGGGGUUUCCAAUAUAGUCCUCAAGAAGGACAUAACUUUGCUAUCGAGAAAGGGGUUGAUAUAGCAAUAACCCACGGCCCACCCCACGGGAUAAUGGAUCUUACCGACUCACGACGCAGGACAGGGUGUCCCCAACUUUUCGGUUCUAUCGCUCGAGCCCGCCCAAAACUACACUGCUUUGGUCAUAUUCACGAAGGAUGGGGAGCAAAGCUGGCCACCUGGAGAGAAAACAUCAGCGAAGUACCAUCACAUUUCACCGACAUCGACAAUGAACAAUCGGCAGUAAUCGGGAAGCUAUCAAAUCUAAAUAGCUCUAAAUUCGACACUCCCGAAAUAGGGGAGGAAAAAUCGAAGAAAAGGGCGGUUCUUAGCCACGAAGGAUGUAUUAAAACUAGCCACUGCACUGGUGACGAGAAUCCGCUCAGGGCCGGCUCACAGACGCUCUUCGUGAAUGCAGCAAUUCAAGGAGCCACGGAAGAAUACCCUAUGCAUGUACCCUGGUUAGUCGACCUUGAAAUGCCGGAGUCAUUCUUAUAA